CCUCCCGCCCUUAGCCUGUAAGAUGUCAUAGAAUAUGGCGGCGGCUGUGUGGUAAAGCUUCCUAGGAAACUGCGGCGGCGUCUGUGCGGCACAGGCCUGCGAGUUAUGAGCUCUGCGGGGAUUAUGUCGACAGAAGAGCCCGGGAAAAGAAAUCUGUGGGGGACGGUGGGUGACAGCGGCGGGUGGAAGUGAGAAGCUACGGACGGUGUGCGUAUCCCAGACCCCCCCUCCCCUUUUACACUACUGCGUCCCCCUUGGCAGCCGGGGGAGGACCGGGUUACCGCCGCACUGCGCGACUCUGGACGUCUAUUGAGCUGCCUCCAGCUGCAGGAACAUGAAGGGGCUCACAUUAACCCUUAAGGGCUUUGGACUUUUGCUCAUCCUGACGCUGGGUCGGCUCCAAGCAGCUCCACUUCCUGAAACAGGUGCAGGAGACGUUCCCACUGAUGGAGUUCCGUUGUUUUCUGUGCUUCUGUCUGUGUGCAGUUUCAUUGUGUUGGUUCUUCUCCUGAUCGGCUGUAUAUCCUGCUGCAAAGAGACAGAAAUAGACUUCAAGGAAUUUGAGGAUCAUUUUGACGAGGAACUUGAUUUUACACCUCCCGCAGAAGAUACACCUUCAAACCAGUCUCCAGCUGAUGUUUUUACUUUAACCGUCCCAACCGUGUCUCUCUCUGUUCCUUCACAGCUGCAGACUGCUCAAGACUUAACAAAGUACCAAAUACCUCGUCACAGUCUGAGCUACAUCCAGGAGAUUGGAAAUGGCUGGUUUGGGAAGGUGCUGCUUGGUGAAAUCUAUAGAGAAAACAGUGUCACAAGAGUUAUUGUGAAGGAACUAAAGGCAAGCGCUAACUCCAAAGAGCAAGAACACUUUAUAAACCAUGGAGAGCCAUACAGUUUUCUUCAUCAUCCUAAUAUUGUGCAGUGUGUUGGGCAAUGCAUUGAAACCAUGCCCUAUCUCUUGGUGUUCGAGUUGUGCGACCUGGGUGACCUGAAAACGUAUCUAAACAAUCAGAGAGAGAAACUGAAGGGGGAUACAGAAAUUGUGCUGCUUCAGCGUAUGGCUUGUCAGAUAGCAGCGGGUCUUGCCAUAAUGCACAAACACAAUUUCGUGCAUAGUGAUCUUGCACUCAGGAAUUGCUUUCUUACAUCGGAUUUAACCGUAAAGAUAGGAGACUACGGCAUAGGAUUCACUAGGUACAAGGAGGACUACAUGGAGAUCACUGAAGAAAACUUUGUUCCCAUUAGAUGGACUGCUCCAGAGUUACUGACCAGCUAUCCGGAUCAAUUACUAGUGGCCGAUCAGACAAAGCCCAGUAAUAUUUGGUCACUAGGGGUAACUCUUUGGGAACUCUUUGAAAAUGCUGCCACUCCCUACGGAGAUCUAUCAGACAGUGAAGUACUGGUUCAAGUCAUAAAACAGAGAGAAGUUAAACUUCCUAAUCCACAACUAGAACAACCAUAUGCAGACAGAUGGUAUGAAGUUUUGCAGUUCUGUUGGCUACCUCCCUUCAAAAGACCUACUGCUGAAGAAGUCCAUAGACUACUUACAUACCUCCGCAUGCAGAGCCAAAAGGAGACUGAAGAUGACUUUGAACAACGUUGGAAUUCCCUUAAACCAAACACUAGUAAUCGGCAACCAUCUACGAAUAACCUGUCUUUUCCGAUCUUGGAACAUUUCAGCGCAGAUGAACUAUGCCAGGAAUUGGAUGAAGUUCUUACUGUUACUGAAACUAGCCAAGGGCUUAGCUUUGAGUAUGUAUGGGAGGCUGCCAAAGAAGACCACUUUGAAGAGCAUGGUCACUCUGAUUCUGAUGCCACGGUCAACUACAAUAGUUUAUUUUUCCCUGUGCCUGUAGAUGUUUUACAAAAGCCAGGGGUUGAUGCAGAACAAGAUAAGUCAGAACACAGUGGCCGUGACAACACCCUUGGUGCUUCAGAAGUUGUCCCAGUAUUUGAUUCACACAAUGUUUCAGUUGCUAACGAAUAUUAUAUUCAACUGGAGGAGCAAGGAGAAAGCAGAUUGGACUUUGACAAUAAGAACCAUGAGUCCGAAAGUGCAGCUUUGCAGUUUAUUGCACUUCAGGAUCUGAAAUCAUCUGGAACAAACAAAUCUGAUUUUCUUCCAUUUGAAGCUGAACAUGACCCUUUACCAGAUUAUUUGCAUGUUGCAAGUGACCAUUUUCCAUUCGAUAACUCAAUCGAGAAUGUCGAUUGGUCUGUUAAAAUGCCUGACUGUGAUACUGUCAGUGACCUUCCACUACAAAAUGGUCUUCACACUGAAGUUAAUCCCUCCCACACAAAUUUGCAUCCAUUUCCCGAAAGCUUUAAAUAUUCUGAAAAUGAGGCCGCUGUUUGGGGAAAUAUACUAGAGACUGACCCAGUUGUUCUAAAUGUGGAGGAACUGUCUGAAAACUUUCUGUUUCUGAGAGAAAAUAAUUUAUUGUCGGACUCUCCGUUUAAGAGAAACAAAACAUAUGAGCCUCAAGCAGAGUUUUCAAAUAAAAUCAAUUCACAAAAGCUCUUUGAAAUCUCCCACCGAAAUAGCUUGGAUGUGGAACUCCAGCUUUCAGAGUUAAAUUCAUCUGUGCACCCGGCAAAUACAACUAGUUUUGAUAACUCUUUGCAAUCUGGGCAAGAAAGCCAUCUCAAAACAGCAGAGUUGAUCUUGCCUUUGCCUAAAAUAGAUGAUCUGAAAAAUGAUGUAACGUCGGUGAAACCUGGGCUCACAGAUAACAUAUUUACAGCUAAGAACAUGGAAGGUUAUAACGUAAACAAUGCUGCUGUAGAAGAUGAUAGUAUUGAUCUUUACCGAUCAAGCAGCAAUAAAAACAUAUUUGUGCUGCCCAGUUCAAAAGUGGUUAAUGAUGAUGCACCUAUAGGGCAAGCAUCUCUCGGCUCUAUAAAAACGUCUUCACCUCCGCAUAACACAGACCUUGUCGGUGUGAAUGAUGAUGACCUAAAUCCAUUUGUUGAAAUGUCUGCUGUUCCAUCAGAUUCAACAAGUCAAGAUAGCCUGUUAGAUGAUAGCUUAUCAAAUUUCACGCAGUCUUUGUUGCCAUCUAUAGGAACACCUGAUUCUUUAGACUCUUUAGAUGUUCAGAAUGUUCUAGAGCCGUUGGAACCUGAAGAGAAUCAGAAAUUCGGGCAUUCAGAUAAACCUGCUGAUAGCGGCUAUGAAACGGAGAACUUGGAGUCUCCAGAGUGGACAUCUCAUGCUAGCGGGCAGUUAGGCCACGAUGAGAAUGAGCGGAAUAGUGUGUCUGCUCUCGCUGCUCCUGUUAUAAUCAUAUCGGAGGCUGACCAUACUUUGAAUGAGGACAAUCCUAGAACCCAAGUGUCCACAGACACAAGUCCCAGUUCUUAUAGAGACUCUGCAUAUUUUUCAGACAAUGAUUCUGAGCCUGAAAAGAGACCAGAAAUCAAUUCAGAUUUGCCAGUAUUACUCACAUUUUCAAUGACAGGAUCAUUUUCGCAAUCCACCGAUAAAGUAAUUAACCCUGAAUUAGCUGCCAAAAGUGAAACAAAGAUAGAAAAUGUGUCUCAGAAAGAUGAGAACUUUCCACUGCAGUCCAUAGCACAGAUUGAAACCGAAAUUAAUAAACAUGAAGAUUCAGAGGAAAAUGACCAUUAUGAAGAAUGGAAUGAUUUUUCUCCCAGUUCAGAAGAUGAUGUAAACCAUUCUUCAGCUGAACCUUCACGUCUAGAAAAUGAUGAGGAUUUUCUUAACCCCUUUGGAGCAUCAGAGGUCUUUACUUCAGUGAAUAAAUUGAAAGAGAUGCCAAUUGUAAACCUCCCCGAUGCUCAGAAAUUGAAAGAGCCUGAUAUGGAAGGGAAAUAUCUUGGGAAACUUGAUGCAUCUGGCUUGCUAGAUUUGUCAUCGGAGGACGGCAUGGACGCCGAUGAAGAAGACGAAAAUAGUGACGAUUCGGAUGAUGAUAUAAGGGCCUUUGAUCUUAACAGCUUUAGCUCUGAUAGUGAUGAUGACACCGUUCAUCCUGUUCCUAUUGUUCAUGUGGAAAAUGAUGGAAGGCAUCUUAAAAGCCUAAUAAAACCAAGAAAACCUACAGACCUGUUCUCUGGACUUGAGAAAAGGAGCAGUAAAGCCGUCCACUUCUUUGAUGAUGUCACUGUCUAUUUAUUUGAUCAGGAAACUCCAACCAAAGAACUUGGUUCUCAGGUGGUGGAUACAAACAGCCAAAUCUUCAGUAGCUGUCCGACUACUCCUCCUCCACCUCCUCCAAGUUACCUAAACAGGUUUACAAACUCUGAAAGUUCUACUGAUGAUGAAGGGGGCGGCUUUGAAUGGGACGAUGACUUCUCUAAUCCAGAGCCUUCGUUUUUAUCUAAACCAGCAGCAGGCUUUAGUGGGCAAAAACUUACCAUUAAUCCCUCUAAGUACUUCUCACCUCCGCCUCCCACGCGGAGUCCCGAUCAGAACUGGACGCACUCUUCAUCUUACUCACGUUUCUCUAUUUCACCAGCAAAUAUUGCCAGUUUCUCAAUUACGCAUGUAACAGACUCUGAUAUAGAACAAGGAGGCAGCAGUGAGGAUGGCGAGAGAGACUGACUGAACUGGCGUGAUAAGGAUGAAGUCAGAUUUGUUUGCCCUCCCAAAAGUGAAAGUGUCUUCAAUCUGAAGUAACUUAUAAAGCAUGAAUACUGCAAAAGAAAUGAGACCUUUGCACACUCUUUAUGUUCCUCCGUGCAAUCCGCUUCCUUAUCGACAAAUCCCUGUUGCUACUGCCGUGCUCUUAAUCACUUGAAGCACUGUUUGCUGUAAAUAAUCCCAGAACUGUAGAAUUGGUCAGACAUGUAGGGUUUUUUCAUCAUUUUUUUUCCCCUCAAACUCGGCUGUAAUGAUUCUUUUGUAUAUAUCCUCAAUCAUGUAUGUGCUACUGUAAUGAUAUUUGGGAAUGUGUAUUCAGUGAUGUAUCGACACAAAACCCUAUGUAUUGCUCCUUAUUGCACUGUGUAAUGUUUCCUGCCUAAUGAUGUGUACAGAGUUUUUAGCCAUCAAGGGAGUAACAAUGCUCGCCUUGAAUUUUCCUCUUUUAUGAUCUUGUUGAAAUAUUAUACCCCUUGUAUUGUAUCCUGCGUAAUAAGCUGUUCUUGGGAAUCUGGAUCUCUGCUUUCAAUAUGCUGUUCCAAUUCUUGAAGCUUUCUUACUUUGACAGCAGCAAUGUGAUGGUAUGUAGACUCUCUUUUUCACCUCAUAUUGCUGAUUGUCCACUCCUGCAGAAUUUUUUUUUACUGUGAACUGGAUUUUGUUACUGGAAGUGCUGGCCCCUCCUGUACAAAACGUUGGACUCUUCAUUAGAAGCACUAGACUGGAGCAAGGCAACCUUCUCUUAGUGCCCUCCAUCAGCUCAUCCAGGUGGAUAGUACGGCAUGCUCAUCCAGGUGGAUAGGAUGCCAAGCUCAUCCAGGUCUAGGUGGAUAGGAUGCCAAGUUCACCCAGGUCUAGGUGGAUAGGAUGCCAAACUCAUCCAGGUCUAGGUGGAUAGGAUGCCAAGCUCUUCCAGGUGGAUAGGAUGCCAAGCUCAUCCAGGUCCAGGUGGAUAGGAUGCCAAGCUCGUUCAGGUGAAUAGGAUGGCAUGGUCCAGUUGGAUAGGAUGGCAAGCUCAUCCUGAUCAAGGUGGAUAGGAUACCAAGCUCAUCCAAGUACAAGUGGAUAGGAUUCCAACUCGUCCAGGUGGAUAGGGUUCCAACUCAUCCAGGUCCAGGUGGAUAGGAUUCCAACUCAUCCAGUUUCAGGUGGAUAGGGUUCCAAGCUCGUCCAGGUCAAGGUGGAAAGGAUUCCAAGCUCAUCCUGGUGGAUAGGAUUCCAAGCUCAGUCAUCCCUUAUUUUUCCUCCUUAUGCUUAAACUUGAGACUUGAAUGAGACCUACUCCAUCCAUUGGAGUUGUCUGCUUUCUGCUGCUAUAGAUUUGUUUGUAUACAGGACUGUACAGUCACAUUUUUAAAGGGUGUUGUGCUUGUCUUCAAUGUUUCAGCCCACCGUGGGUGCAAUCUCUGCCACUGGCCUCAAGAUCAAUGUUGUUUUUUUUUUUCCUGCAUUUGUUCUGAUUAGGUAAAUACUGGCACAAAUCUGUUUUUCAUUUCAUUGAGUGUUCUUCCAUCUUUGUGCAAAGAGACUCAAGUGACAUUUCGUGAUAUGAAUCAUGAUCUAUUGAGAGGCUGGAGAAUUUUGUCCAGAUUUUUGGUCAUUAUAAAGUGCUGCCACAUUAUUUUUUUUAUUUUUUUUUUUUAAAAAAAAAAGGCCAGUUAAUUUGCAAAGAUUUCUUCCUGUUUUUGAAUCCAUACUGAAACUGUAGUGUUAAUUCAUUCGAUUUGCCUUUUUCAUUGGUGUUUCGUAUCAAAUACGGAGAAAAAAAAUGUAAGGCAUCUGGUGUGAUCUCUACAUUUGUUUAAUUUUCUUAUUUAACUUUUUAUAGUUCUUAAUAUAUCUAAUUGAAAAGAAUAGAUAUAAAAAAAAAAUCCUAUUCUGAACCCAAGAUUUUGGACUUUGUGUUCUCAAAAGUUCCUUAGUGUCUGGCAGCCAGAUCAGAAUAAUUAAAUUGUGAAGACUUCAUGAAUUACACUGGUUUUUAAGGACUACUUUCCCUUUAGUCCUGUCUAUAGUCAGGCAGUAAAUUAUCGAAGGGUCAUGUCACGUGUCUCUUUGAUUACUGCCACGAGUAGCAGCCAUUCUAAUGCUAAAGGGGAAGGCGCUUGGUUAAUUUUUUCAUUAAACUCGCUCCCCAUGUGAUAUUUCAGGCGGUUUCCUAUAUUUCGAGCACACUGCAUAUUGAAAGAGAAACCAGUGCGACUGGAAAAGGAAAUGUUUACCCAAUAUCUGUGGCAGAAGAGCAGCCAAUAGACUUUAGUGUUGUUCAAUAUAGACAAAGGGGCCCUUUCUUAGGUUAGAAGUUUGAGGUCAGAGGUUGCUGUUUAAUACGGCAAAUGCGAGUGAAUCCAGUAUCCGGUUGCUUUAUGAAUGACUAGUUGACGAUGUGCAAUACGAGUUUUCUCCAAAUGGAUUUUUUGAUAUCGAUGAUAUAACAAACUUGAAUCGUUUGGAAGUUUCAUCACCUCCGCUGAGAUACCAAGAUGCCAUUGAAAGAAAUGGAAUUUGAAAAUUUAAUAUAUAUUUAUUUCUUUUUGAGUUUCAUUUUAUUUUUUCCCCAAAAUUUCACAUGACUACUUAAAUAGCUGGACACUGUAUAGAAUCGAGAAAUGAGAACAUUCAAUCAUUUUUUUUUUUUUUAGUCAAAUCCCGAACGAGAUGUCAUUCUUGAGUGAUGACGGUGGAUAUUGUUCAGGAUAACGCGAGUGUGUGAUUACCGAUAAAUAUGCCCCUAUGUUUAGAUUAUUUUUCUUUCUAGCCACACUGAUUAUUGUAGGACAUGAUCUCAAAUGUCUGAGGCAAUAUAACCAGCUGCACUGACAAGCCUGUCUUCUUCUUUCAUAGAACUAAUGGCCACUAAUGUGCAAUCCGUCAGUAUUUUACAAAAUACUCCAGUAGGUGUAAAUUGUUUUUGCUAUGCGUUUAUAAGCGUAAUGGAAAUAAUACGAAAUGAGGCCUCUAGGUUUUAAAUACUGCCCUGUACUGAAUAUUCAGUAUGUGUAAGUGUGGUAUAUAUUUAAAAUAGAUAUAUAUUGUGAGGAGGGCUGUAUAAGGCGUGAAGGUUUUAUAGCCUUAUUAUAUUUGCCUUAAAUCUAAAAUGUAUAAAAAUGACAUUCCCCCUCCCUCCCAAAAAAUGGUUUUACCUCUAGAUUUAGGGUGUGUUGUCAGAGCCUUCAAUAAUGUAACUUCCUGGAGAAGAGAAACCGUUGCAGUACAGUGUGUGUGUAUUUGAAUAAGGUUUCCCUUAUUGUAAAAUAUAAGGAUAUUAUAAGUUACCGAGGAGUUACAUGACCAUAUACAGGUCAUGGAACUCCGAGGUGACUUCUAAUAUCCUCAUUUCCAACACUGGGUACUUUAUUUAUUAUAAUACACAAGUUUUAGUGAGUCGUGCGACAGAAAUGACAUUACUAAGCUCCGUUUAUAACUGAUGACAUCACUAAGAGCCAUUUAUAAGGAUAUAAUUUACAAGGUAUUCAUGGCUUUUGUCUAUCGCACACACACACUUCUUAAAUCCUUUCUAUGGGACACUUGUAGUCUUGAGGUUGUUUUUUUUUUUUUUUCUUAUUAAUUUAAAGCUCGUAAAUGAGGUGUAUGGCAAUAUUCUAAAGAAUGAAUUUACAGGUUCUUCAAUCUUUCAAUGGUGUACAUUUUGUUUCUUUAUUUUUAAUUUGUAAAAAUUUUUACUGUAAACUUGAUUCUCAUGCCUAGUGUGAUUCAAACUGCUUGUAAUUUAAAAACACUAUUUAAUAUUCAAAAUAAAGUUAUAUAUUUAUAAA